GACUAUAAUACAUUAUUUCAGAUAUAAUAACUAUAAUAACACUAUAAUAACAUAAAUCGAGAGAUAGAAUACAGGCUGGUAAAUAUUUACUCGCCGGGGCUGUCAACAAAUAGAAACACAUGAUAAUCCUUCAAUGUCAAAUUUAUAGUUACAUUUGCAAAAAUAUGUCGCAAUUUGUGUGUGUAACAGAGAGUCACAGUGGCAAGUCAGCAAUAUAGAGUGAGAUUAACACAAGCGCGGCGGGCGACGGGAGCGUGUGAUGGCGCGCGCGCUGCUGCUGGCGCUGACGUGCGCUGCGGCUGCGUCGGCCGCGCGCUACGUCGACUACUCGGGCGUGAAGAUGCCGGCGUACGGCAGCGUGGCCGCCGCGGACUACGACGCGCCGCGCGACGGAGGCGCCCCCGCCUCAGACGACUACCGCGGCCAAUCCCCGGACGCGCCCGCUUCGCCCGACUACAAAUACGAAGAGGAACCACGCAUAAAAACUGAGAAACCCAUGAAGGAUUCCGAAGAUACAGAAGUGUGGAGAAAACCAGGGAGAGAGAGAAAACAAAGAGGACUGAUUAGAAUCAUGGACAGCGCGACCGCAGACGUUAUCCACAAGUUCCAGCGCUCGAGCGAGGAGGACUUCCCUAAACUGAGACCGAGUCACCGCUACGCCAAGCAUCGGACUCGGCUCAAACAAGAGAGCCCUGCUAGAGACGAAGAGUCGCCAUCCAGACGUCCAAUAAAAUAUAGUCGAGAUAGGAAAGAUGUUGUUAGUGAUAUAGAUAGAAAAGACUAUUUCAAUUUAGAUAAAGAUGACUUUCCAGAAGGUAAGAGUAAAGAAUUUGACGAAGAUGCUAAAUUUUUAAACGAAGCUACUACCAGGCGCCGGAGGAAACCGAGGGACAGGCAGGUGAAGAGAAAGAGUAGCGACCUCGACUUGGCGUACGACGACGAGCAGGACCUGGAACCGCACCUGAAGGGCGAAGUAGAAAAAGAACCGCCUCAUCGUACGCGACCGCCUGACGCGCGCCCGGCUGACCGCUUCCGGACCUUGGACGAUGAGGAUGAGGAGACCAGGGUGCAACCCGCCAGCAAGGCAAGGCCCAAGGCGUACGACGACUACGACGACUACUACGACAUGAAGAGAGUCAAUAGUAUCAAAAGCAAACUGCCCUCGCUUCUUCGGAGAACAACAGAGAGGGCCAGCCGGCCGUCGGCUACAAGCUACCUGGACAAGCUGUGGACCAACCGGCGUAUGUUGCCGCCUGGACGUAAGCGCUUCGAGGACGAGGAGGACGACCAAGCAGAUAACCACCUCGAGCAUAACCGCCGCGUCGCGCCCCCCGCCCCCACUACCCCGCCGCCUCCACCGACUACCACCACCGGCACCACCACUACGACCACUACCAGUACGACCACCACCACUACCACCACCACCCCUGCCAUUACCAUCCCCGCAAGUAGCGCUCUUAUUAACAGUAAGGAAUUAUCACUCGCCGAAAAAUCCAGACUAUCCAUCCUGAAGAAAGACCAACGAAAGGAAGGUUUGCAUAUCGACCCCCCCACUAAGAAGCCACCGGUACUGCUGCAGGUGACGCGCUACGUGCCAACGGUGGUGAUGGUGGAGCCUCCUUCCAGCAUUAUACCUUGGAUGCGCGCGAGCGAGGUUUCUGACGACAAUCCCGAGCGGCUCAACCGAGUGAAGAAGUUGAUGCGACAUAAGUUGGUCGCUAACUCAAAGAACAUCAAUGAGCUGACCGAGAACUGGGACCAGCAGGUUUGCGACUAUGUUGACACAGCGCUUCUCGAGAACGGAGCAUGCGCACUCCGAUUACAGCGCACGGUCCGCGCUUGCACACUGUUGGCUCUCGCCUGCACUCUCCUCAAUUCCUGGAUUCCGUUCUAAUCAAUGUUAUUAUGUUUACGUGUUUAAAGUGCUAUUUUGAAUGUUGUACCUCACCUUGUUACUGUUUGUUAAUUAGAACCAAGAAAUUAAAUCAUAUUUAUUUAUAA